AUGCCAAAAUUAAACGACAAAUCUGAUGACGAAGGCCUUUCUGAUGUCGUUGACCUCAAUACCGGACUUUCUGCCUCACUGGAUGUUCUGUCUCGUGCUUUGGAAAAAUUGUCAACAGGCUCGUGUUCGUCAGUCUGCAUGCAUGCAAUCUCUCCUCCGGAACAUUACACUCCCGGGAUGACGUACUCCAGAUGGGAGAAGAAAGUCCAGCAUUACCUCCGUCAGCUCUCAGUCAACCAACAUUUAGGCGCGCUCGCCGGCCUGUUGUCAGCGGAUGCUUUUGAUAUUGUUGCUGCUAGUAACAUUCUGGAGACGUUCUCUGCCUUGCGCCGCCUACUGGAUUCUCCUGCUUUACCUGCACCCCUGCGAAGAGAAUUCCACUCCCGAUACGUGCGCGAACUUCGAAAGAUGGCCGACCUCGCAUACGAGCGCGCGUCAUCAGGAGAGCGUGAUAAACGAAUACUAGAAAAACUUCUAGAGGGAAUCCCAACAUCAUCCAUUAAACGUGAAUUCCUUCCUCACUCCCCCCCGAGGAGUUGGAUGCAGCCUUACGGAUUGGCGAACAACUGGAGCAGGUCGACAGAGCAAUAG